GCGGUAGAACCUUAGUUCGGUUGCUUCUCUCGUAGGCUGAGGAAGCUAUCAUUGCUUCGCGCCGGGUCCUGCAUUUUCGUCUUGUGUGAACCCGCGUCGGUGUGAGGAAGUCCUCUUUUCCUCGAAAGCAAGUAGAACAGGCGGAAGGUGGGAACGAGGAGGGAGCAGAGCAUGGCGGCAUCCGUGCCAGAUAAAAACAUCAAGAAGAAAACUGAGAAGAAGCUGGCUGCUCGAGAGGAAGCCAAAUUGUUGGCCAGUUUCAUGGCGGUCAUGAAUAACAUGAGAAAGCAAAAAACGCUAUGUGACGUUAUAUUGAUAGUCCAGGAAAGGAGGAUUCCGGCUCAUCGUGUUGUACUUGCUUCUGCCAGUCAUUUUUUUCAUUUAAUGUUUACCACAAAUAUGAUUGAAUCCAAGUCAUUUGAAGUUGAAUUAAAGGAUGCUGAGCCAGAUAUAAUUGAACAGCUGGUGGAGUUUGCUUACACUGCACGAAUUUCUGUGAACAGCAACAAUGUCCAAUCAUUAUUGGAUGCAGCAAAUCAAUAUCAAAUUGAACCUGUGAAAAAAAUGUGCGUAGAAUUUUUAAAAGAGCAAGUGGAUGCUACAAAUUGUCUUGGUAUAAGUGUAUUAGCAGAGUGCCUUGACUGCCCAGAAUUGAAGGCCACUGCAGAUGAUUAUAUUUAUCAGCACUUCACAGAGGUGUACAAGACCGACGAGUUUCAGCAACUAGAUGUUAAACGUGUGACACAUCUCCUCAAUCAAGAUACUCUGACUGUAAAAGCUGAAGAUCAGGUUUAUGAUGCUGCUGUCCGCUGGUUAAAGUAUGAUGAGCCAAACCGUCAGCCCUACAUGGUUGAUAUCCUUGCUAAAGUCAGGUUUCCUUUAAUUUCAAAGAAUUUCCUUAGUAAAACUGUACAGGCAGAGCCACUUAUACAGGACAACCCAGAGUGUCUCAAAAUGGUUAUAAGUGGAAUGAGAUACCAUCUCCUUUCUCCAGAAGACAGAGAAGAAUUGGUGGAUGGAACUCGUCCAAGAAGAAAAAAGCAUGAGUACCGUAUCGCCUUGUUUGGAGGAUCACAGCCGCAAUCUUGUCGGUAUUUUAGCCCGAAGGAUUACAGCUGGACAGAUAUCCGAUGUCCCUUUGAAAAGCGGAGGGAUGCAGCUUGUGUUUUCUGGGAUAAUGUAGUUUAUAUUUUGGGUGGUUCCCAGCUUUUCCCUAUAAAACGAAUGGAUUGCUAUAAUGUUGUUAAAGACAGCUGGUAUUCCAAACUGGGUCCUCCAACUCCUCGUGACAGCCUUGCAGCAUGUGCAGCACAGGGCAAAAUUUACACAUCCGGUGGUUCAGAAGUAGGAAAUUCUGCUUUAUAUUUAUUUGAAUGCUAUGAUACAAGAACAGAAAGUUGGCACACAAAGCCCAGUAUGCUGACUCAGCGAUGUAGUCAUGGGAUGGUAGAAGCAAGCGGCCUGAUUUAUGUAUGCGGAGGAAGUUUAGGGAACAACGUUUCUGGAAGAGUCUUGAGCUCCUGCGAAGUUUAUGAUCCAGCAAAGGAAACGUGGACUGAGCUAUGUCCAAUGCUUGAAGCCCGAAAAAAUCACGGUCUCGUUGUUGUCAAAGAUAAAAUAUUUGCUGUAGGGGGGCAAAAUAGCUUAGGUGGCUUGGACAGUGUCGAGUAUUAUGAUAUUAAACUGAAUGAAUGGAAGAUGGUUUCCCCAAUGUCAUGGAAAGGUGUAACUGUAAAAUGUGCUGCUGUCGGUUCCACAAUUUAUGUUCUAGCUGGAUUUCAGGGUGUGGGUCGCUUGGGGCACAUCCUUGAAUAUAACACAGAAACUGAUAAAUGGACAGCAAAUGCUAAAGUUCGUGCUUUUCCAGUGACCAGCUGUUUAAUUUGUGUAGUUGACACUUGUGGAGCAAAUGAGGAGACAUUAGAAACUUAAAAACUUUAGGAUUAUCAAAAACUACUCCUGAAAGAAAUUGUUAUUCGUUUUGUUCUCUCUUUUACUUGUAUCUGGGAAAAAAUUGGAAUGUGAUUUUCAUUAUUAUUUUCAUUGAGUUUUCUCAUUUGAAUACUGUUCUUUAGUGCCCCCGCUAUGCAUUGGAACUAUUUCAGUUUCUCCAAAUGAGGAGUGAAGAGAAAUGAAAAUUUCUGAAGAUGCCCAUAUUUUUUCAAAAAACAACUGUAUAAUGUGCAUUGCAAAUCAUUUCAAAAAUAAUCUCUACAUUAAUCUUCAUUUUUCAUUAAAAGCACUGACAUUCUUCAAGUAGAAAACUCCCGAAACAAAGUAUUAAGCUAUAUGUUGUUCAAACUAGUGGUCAGGAUACCAUCUCAUCACAGAAUUCAAGUUCUGUAGUUUUGUUUCCAAAAAUUGAAAUAGUUAAUUCCAAUACUAUUAAUCUUCUCUUUGUACUUAACUUAUUGCAGUAACAAAGUAUUGUUAUUGUACAUGAGCAUUCUAUCUCUUUAAAUGCUUGUAUCACAUAACCAAAGUGAUAUGUGGAGGAAGAGGCAAUAAUUUCCCAAACAGACAGUCUUAAAUCUGUACAAAGCUUUAUUCUCUUGAGUGCAGAUCCAUUAUAUUCUUUUAAAUAUGCAUCUAGGAGCUGGUGAUUUUGGUAAGUGCAUUUACUUUCUGAAAUAUUACAAGUAUAAACAAAAUAAUAUGGUAAAUUUAUUUUAUUUGCAAGUGGAUGUAGAUAGGGAUAUUACAGUGGAAAAUUUCAUAAAUGUUUUUUGCAAAUUCUGUUUUAAAGUUUUGUCCUGAACUGCAAUCAAUUUUAUUUUUGUCUUUUGUGUAUAAAUUGAAAUCUAUGCUACUUAAAAUCUGCAUAGUUUUGAUCUGAUUUCCUUCCUUCAAGCUUUCAAAAAUCCAUAAUAAUUUCUUACAUCUCAAUAAGAUUGCAAUAAGGUUUCAAAACUAUAUAUGUACUUUAAAAGUACUCAUUUAUAAACUUGCAUAUGAGAAAGUUGAAUGAUAGCACUUAUAAAACUUGGGUAUAAACAUACUGCCUAUUUUUUAACAUUUUUUGCAGUUAAUAGAGAAAGAGAGAGAGACUGAUUUCUUCUAGAUUGAAAUGUUCUAUAUUGAACAUGGUAUAUCUAUACGUAUCUUUUUAGUAUUGGCUUUUUGUCAUGAAAAUCGGAACUUAGUACUUUAAACAGCUCUGUAUACUUGCAAAGAGGGAUACAAAUUUAAUUUUCUUACAACUCCUUUAAGAUGAAUUUAAAAACAAUUUUUUUAACAAACUGAAGUGCAUUUUUCCAAUUAAUAGAUUGUUCAAAAAUUAAAAAAAUAUUGUAAGCAAUGAGAAUGCAGUAAGAAACUUAAUCCACCUCAUUAACAAAUAAGGUUCCUUUAUGAAACAGGGACAUUUAUAAAAUUAAUGUAAACGAAUGCAAGUUUUCCAGAGGUUUACAUUUCUCCUUGUUAUUUGUUUAGGCAGAAUGUGAUAGAUCUGUUUCAUUGUGAAUUCUCACUUAUUGUAAUGUUCAUUGUUUAUGAACAUUAUGUGCAAAAAAAAAUUCUUGUUUUUGUGUACUGGCCAUCUAUUAAAAAAAAAUCUUGUAUAUUGAAUAAUUCUGUUAUGUAUCAGAAUUUUGAAAGUGAAGCAAAUACCUCAGUGAGGCUUUUGUGGUCAGUUAAUUUUAUUAAAUAUUUGUUCCUAAAA